AACCCACCACUAACGCUGAUGUCGGCCGGAGUGAAAAGAAAAAAACAGCUUCGGCUUUUUGGGUCGGAAAAAACUCAGGAUAUGUCCAUAGAAAAAAUCAGUCGACUUGACAAUGCGGUGGUCAAAAUGAUAGUGCAAGACUAUCAACCGUUAUCAGUUGUUGCCGACCGUGGGUUCCGAAAUUUAGUUUAUGAACUUAGCCCGAAUUAUCAACUACCAUCUCGAAAAACUCUAUCGGAAAAACUUUUGCCAGAAACAUACGCAUUAACUAAAGAAAAGUUGCGAGGUAAGCUGCAAAACGCAAAUUUUAUUUCUAUUACUUCUGACUACUGGAAAGGCAUAAAUGACAGAACUUUCCUUAGCCUAACAGGACACUAUAUUUACAAUAAUAAAUUUAAUACUACGAAUCUGGCUACUAAAGAAGUAACAAUAUCCCAUACUUCCACAAAUACUGCUGCUGCUAUCACAGAAAUAUGUAAUGAUUACCAAAUACUACAUAAAAUAGUAACUGUUGCCACUGACAAUGCUGCAAAUAUGAAAAAAGCAGUGGUAGAAGAUCUCCGUAAGCAUCACCAUCCAUGUGUAGCACACACCUUAAAUUUAACUGUUUGCGAUGCAAUCAAUGAUAACGCCGAACUAGUAUCUUUGUUAACGAAAAGCCGUGCUUUAGUUACACAUUUUAGGGAAAGUUCUGUCUCUGUCUAUAAAUUAAAAACAAAGCAAGCAGAAUUAAACGUACCAGAACUGAAGAUAAAGCAAGAUGUUCCAACUAGAUGGAACUCUGUCUAUAUUAUGAUCGAACGCCUCUUAACAAUAAAGCAACCCCUUACAUUGGCCUUGGCAGACUUAGAAAGGGCUCCAGAAAAUUUAUCAGGCUCUGAGUGGUUGAUACUAAAAGACAUCGUGCCUAUUUUAAAGCCAGCCUUGGAACUAACCAAAUUACUUUCUGGCGAAAAAUAUAUAACGAUGUCGAUCAUUGUUCCAUUAAUAAGGGGUUUGCAAUAUUCCAUGAGCAUGAUUACUCCCGAGACAGAUGUGGGUACACAUUUAAAAAGAUGCUUGACAGAAACAGAUUUUCGCAGGCUUGGCCAACUAGAGGCAAAUAAAAUUGUGGCGAAGGCAGCAUUUCUAGACCCGCGUUUUAAAAAAGCAGGCUUUGGCACUGAAAGUCAUGCUUCUAAUGUUCAACAGUGGGUAAUUGAAGAAUUGAGCCACAUAAUCCAAGACUCGAAUGUGACCACAAGGUCUGAUACCGUUGUACAGACCCCACCCCAACCCACCCCACAGACAGAUGUUCAGUCAAGCACAUUAUUGUGGACAUUUUUUGAUGACAAAGUCGCUCACCAACAGGGACACGACACUCCAAGCGCCUCAGCGCAUAUAACGGUGAAGCAGUACACAGAAACAGGGUUAAUUAACAGGGAAAAUGAUCCUUUAAAAUAUUGGGAAGACCACUCCAAGGUAUUUCCCGGUCUAUAUAAGAUGGCAAUGAAAUAUUUGUCAAUACCAGCCACAUCGGUGCCGUCGGAGCGUUUGUUUUCCAAAGCUGGUCACAUUUUAAGCGACCGACGGAGUCGCUUAACUCCUAAGAAGCUGGAUCAGCUAAUAUUUCUUAGUGAUAAUAUAGAUUUAUAGGUUUUUUUUUACUUUAUAUUUUAAUAAACAUUUUAUAUAAUUUUCGUUACUCUUUGAAAAUAUUACCUUUUACCCUUUCACCUAAUGACCGUACAAUUCGUAACUCAGUCGCUGUAUAGUUCAUUUUUUCUAAGUUGUAAAAACCUCAGCACCUUUUUUAAUUGAUAAUUUGAGUUUAAAAAAAAAAUUGAGUUAUUUAAAAACCAAUAACCGAUUUGGUUUAAAUCGCUUUUCAAAAUAACUUUAUUUAGUUUUUUAAAUGUGCCAAGUGAGAAAAACUAACUAUUAAAGAUUAUCCAUCAAUCAUCGUUAUGUUGAUUCAAAUAGUCGAAUAGCAACUAACUAAUAAACUAAGGAUGCGCGACGACGAAUGAAUUGAUUCAAAUCAUUCGACUUCACAAAUCGUUUAUGUAAGUAAACGUCUGUCAAAUUCGCUGACAUUAGUUACUAAUUUUCGGGCAUCAUUCGAGUUAUUCGAAUGAUUUGUGAAGUCGAAUGAUUCGAAUGAAUUCAUUCGUCGUCGCGCAUCUCUAACGUAAAGCCAGCUAAAUUAAAGUAUUUUGCUGUCACAAUGCCCUUCCAGUAGAGUUUUACUACUUCCCUACAAUUCAGUGCUUCUGAUAAGGUAAAUUCCAAUUCGAGAAAUGGAAUACUGAAGGGACUUGCGUACCGAUGACUUUUUUGUGUCUUACGUAAAGCCAGCUAAAUUAAAGUAUUUUGCUGUCACAAUGCCCUUCCAGUAGAGUUUUACUACUUCCCUACAAUUCAGUGCUUCUGACAAGGUAAAUUCCAAUUCGAGAAAUUAAAAACUGAAGUGCCUUGCCAAAUGAUGAUUAUUUGUUUUCUUACGCAACACCAGAUAUAGUCAAGUAUUUUGCUGUCACAAUUCCCCUACCAAUAGAGCUUUACUACUGCCGUACCGAUGAUUAUUUUGUCUAACGUAAAACUAGCUAAAUUAAAGUAUUUUGCUGUCAUAACUCACUUCCAGUAGAGCUUUAUUACUUGACUACAAUUCAGUGCUUCUAGUAAGAUAAAUUCCAAUUCGAGAAAUGGAAUACUGAAGGGACUUGCAUACCGAUGACUUUUUUGUGUCUAACGUAAAGCCAGGUAGAUUAAGGUAUUUUGCUGUUAUAAUUCCCUCCUAGUAGAGCUUUAUUACUUCCCUACGAUUCAGUAUUUCGGAUAACGUAAAUACCAGUUUGAGAAAUUAAAAACUGAUGUGCCUUGCCAAACAAUUAUAUUCUGUUGUCUCACGCAACGAUAAAGUUAAGUGUUUUGCUGUCACAAUUCCCUUCCAGUAGAGCUUUAUUACUUCCCUAAAAUACAUUACUUCUGAUAACGUAACUACCAGUUUCUAAAUUAAAAUAUAAAGUGUUUUUCUAAUCUAUGGUUAUUUUGCAUCUUACUUCACGCCAGCUUGUUUUCUCUUAUUGGUAGUACUCAGAACAAGCAUUUUGCUGUCAUAACUCACUUCCAGUAGAGCUUUGCCUAAGUUAUGAAAAAAGAAAUAUUCCUGAAAUUCCCACAAAAGAGAAUAUAGUUAUUGAUGAAAUUUUAUUGCCACAAAAUCAAUCCUUGCAAGCUGAAGCAGGGCAAAGAAAUUAUGUGUGUGGUUGGGUCCUGACCAAAUGUUGUUAAAACGAGUAAAUCUUGUAGGCAAAACCUAUUAGAUUUAACCUUUUAACCGCCUACGUCGGAUUAAUCCGACAAAUAUUUUCGGGCCCAUUUCGCCAGAGUCGUAUAUUUACGACCAAAAUAUCACUGCUCGUUUAAUCAGCUUUUUUAUUUAAUUACGCUGUAUUCUAUCAAAAAUAUGUUUAUAUUAGGCAAAUAGUUAACUAAGUAAUCAUUUACAGUUUAAUACACUUUAGUCUCUUAAUUAGAAGUCCUAAAAAUAAUGUCCAAAGUUAGAUGAAUUACUAACAUUAUUUUUAGAAAAUUGUAUUGAUGUGCAACGCCCAUGACGACAAAAUCCGACAUGAGGGACGGGACAUAUGCCAAGAUUUACCGAUACAAAAAUAAA